CCCGGCGCCGGCAGCAGCGCAGCGCGCACCGGCUGGCACCAGCGUCGCCGGCUCCGCAACUAUGCUGCUCGUGGCUUUGCUGGCCAUCGCGCUCGCCUACUUCGCGCUGCUGGACGGAUGGUACCUGGUGCGUGUGCCGUGCGCCGUGCUGCGCGCGCGCCUGCUGCAGCCGCGCGUCCGCUACCUGCUAGCGGAGCAGCGCUAUGCGGACCGCGUGCUGCCCUCGGACUUGGACCUGCUGCUGCACAUGAACAACGCCCGCUACCUGCGCGAGGCGGACGUGGCGCACGUCGCGCACCUGGCUCGCUGCGGCGUGCUCGGGGCGCUGCGCGCACUCGGGGCAAGCUCCGUGCUGGCCGCCUCGUGCGCGCGCUAUCGCCGCUCUCUGCGCCUGCUGGAGCCCUUCGAGGUGCGCACCCGCCUGCUGGGUUGGGACGACCGCGCCUUCUACCUGGAGGCGCGCUUCGUCAGCCUGCGCGACGGCUUCGUCUGCGCGCUGCUGCGCACGCGCCAGCACGUGCUGGGCGCCUCGCCGGAGCGCGUCGUGCAGCACCUGUGCAAGCGCAGGGUGGAGCCCCCUGAACUGCCAGCAGACCUGCAGCACUGGGUCGCCUACAACGAGGCCAGCAGCCAGCUGCUCCGGGCCGAGAGUGGGCUCGGUGACGCAGCCAAGGACCAGUGACCGCCACGCCCCGCCCGCCAGCCUUGGCCUGGGAACUGCUGCCUGCUGUCCCCACCCGCCAGAUCAGGGCUGGUCUCUGGAGCUGCGGUGGCCUCGUGACCGACACAGCCCCCUUCACCCGCUCGGCCUCCCUUCCCUUCCCCCAUUACUGACGCCCCUCCGUGACCUUCCCUGUGCUGAGCAUGGGAUGGGAUGACCUAGCUACCCCAACCUAUUUCUCGGGGUGGAGACGACAGUGAGGGGCCCAGGCUUCUGCGGGUCCAAGUCCAGAGGGCGCUUGGAGUGCAGGGACCAGCGAGAGCCACCCUGAGCGCCAGAGCCAGCAGGCGGAGCUCGUGGGGGUGGCAGGGGUGAAGCCAGAGCAGUCCUGAGGGCACAGCGAGGAGCCACCAGCAUCUCGGGGCAGGUGCCUCUGGCUGCAGGUGGGGGAGGAGCAGGCCCAGGGCAGAGUCAGCAAGUCACGCCAGGCUGACUGACCAGAGAGCUCUUCGGAGGGAGGUCUGGCCACCGGGGCCAGUGCAGGUCAGAUGGCACGGGGCCUGCUAUGGAGGUGGUGAGCCUCCUGUGGCUGGGGGCAACCUAGUCAGGACCUGCUGCCAAGGAGGGGACAGCAGGGGGCGGGACUGUGCCUGGGUGCUGCCUGCACUCGCCGUCACCUGUCUGCACCCACCAGUGCCCUUGGGGCUGUGCUGUGUGGCCGCAGGUGGGCCCACCCUCCCUGGUCCUCCAGCAGCACCCCCACUCUGCCCCCCGCUGGGCUGUCCUUGCCCGUCAUCCUGUCCUGCCAAUUUUCCCCUUCCUACUCCUGGGGGUGCCUCCCUAGAUGGGCCAGGGGUCUGGGGAGGGGUCUUCUUGGCCUUGCUCCAGUGGCUUGUCCUGGCAGCUGCUCUCAGGGUUCCCUGCUGUUGCCUGCUCAGGCCUAACCCCUCACCUUCCAACCGGGGAAAGCGGGGGCCUGCAGAGAGACUGGCCCUGGCCCUGAGCCCCUGAGAGCACAGAGCAAGAGAACCCCAGCCCUGCCUGGUGUCCUCAGCUCCCUGGCUGGCUAGGGUAAAUGGGGUCAGGGCCCUGGGUGUGCGACCGCUGCUACCCGUACAUGUGGCUGCCUGCCUGUGCCCCGCCCCCCGCCCCGCUGGCCCCUGGAGCAGGCCAGAAUGGCCUGGAGCUCCUGUCCCAUCUCCAGCUGGAGCCAGGAGCUCAGCAACACCCAACUCCGCCCCCACGCUGUCGUCUGCCUUAGGGCCACCGAGGGAAAGCUGCACUGCGUUUUAUUUAAGAUUAAAGCGUCUUAAACGCGAGUGUGUCCGGGACGUCCUCUGUCCGGAGCCCUGGCCCCCCAGGGAAGCAGCAGACACUCUGGGGCGUGUUCUUGCUUGGGGGUCAGUCCAGGCUUGUUGGGCUCCCAUGACUUAGGGACCAGGCCAGCAGGGUAGUACUUGUCCCCAUGCCACAGAAAAUGGGACCAAGGCCAGAAAGGUGUUUCCUCAACCCCCUGCCAGCUCCUGGCCCUCUCCCCGAGUCCUUGAGCCUCGCCAUCCUGUCCAGUUCGUUCCCAGGGUCAAAUCCGUUGAUCCUCCGGGAGGCUUGGGGGGUCAUACCCCAGGCUCCUGGUGGGGGUUGGAGGAGCCAGGACAAGUAUAAGGGCUGUAUUGCAGGCCCCCUGAAGAGGGCAGGGAGGCGGGACCCCCCCAGAUCCUAAAGUGGGUGAAUGACGGGGGCCCAAGCUCUGACCACGUGCCCAGGGGUGCCUGGCUCUGCAGGCCUGGGAAAGAAGGCAGCUGGAAGCAAUUGGG